AGCGGAAAGGGCACAACCCUUACUGAAAUCCAACUCGCAAAAUUUACGGUCUGAGUCUGUCCCCCAAAGCACCAUAGACGCCUGCCUCACGAUCGCGUUGCGAAUUUCCUAACAGUCCCCCCUCCAUCCCGCAGCAACCAUGUCGUCCACCCAGAGCGUCCAGUGCUUCGGCAAGAAGAGAACCGCCACCGCCGUUGCCCAGUGCAAGGCUGGCAAGGGCCUCGUCAAGGUCAACGGCAAGCCCCUCUCGCUUGUCCAGCCUGAGAUCCUCCGCUUCAAGGUCUACGAGCCCCUCCUCGUCCUUGGCCUCGAUAAGUUCGCCAACAUCGACAUCCGCGUCCGCGUCACCGGUGGUGGUCACACUUCCCAGAUCUACGCCAUCCGUCAGGCCAUUGCCAAGUCCGUCGUCGCCUACUACCAGAAGUUCGUCGAUGAGCACUCCAAGAACAUGCUCAAGCAGGCCCUCGUCCAGUUCGACCGUACCCUUCUCGUCGCCGACAACCGCCGGUGCGAGCCCAAGAAGUUCGGUGGUAAGGGUGCCCGCUCCAGAUUCCAGAAGUCUUACCGUUAAACGGUGUGUCUUGUUUGGUUUCUGGGAGGUGUGGAACAGCCUGGGGAAAUGGGGGAUUAUACGGCAGUCAAAAAAAAAGCCUUGGGAAGGAAAACUGUCGGGUUUCCCGGGUCCGGUCAGCUUUUGGUGUUUCCCGCGAAAAAUUUGGCAGUUACUGUUUUACGGGGGAGUCAAACGUGGAUCAAAAGAUCUGGGUUCCGUUUCCUUUCUCGUUCGUCUUUUAAAGACAACAAGACUUUCGACAUAAGGGACGGCCCAGAGAAAGCAUUCGAUUUCCGGGUCGAUGCAAUUGCAUGGCAUGCCUCGCGG